UAAAGCCCGAACAGCUGCACAGUCCGGGUUCUUCCUGGAGACACGUUGCCUCUCUCUGGCCUCUCUGGAUGAUGAUGGCGGAUGGAUGAUACAUGAGGGGCAUCAAAGAGGCUGCUGGCACUGUGUCAUUACCCCGACUCCAGCUGGGCUCGCCCCCCGGCGCUCUGCAUACCUCUCCCGGUCAGGGCAGAGCCGGGGAGGCGCUCCCAGUGGGCGCGCUGCUCCGUAUUUAAGCUCCGGCUGCUCACGUCGCGCGUCGCAGACGGACAUCGUUCAGACUCUCUGACAGCAUGGCGACGGACAAGGACGCACCUCUGGGCUCCAUCGCGAACCCCAUCAAGUUCGUGGAUCAGGACUUCAAGUCUCUCCUGGAAGCAUGUCUGAAGUCCGGAGAGCUGUUUGCUGAUCCAACCUUUCCACCUGAGCAGACGUCCAUCGGGACGCCGGAAGAUCCGGAUCCCAAAAAGGCGAUCAAGUGGAAACGACCCAAGGAAAUCAGUGAGAACGCUUUGUUUGUGGAGGGGACGACUGGGACCACUGACAUCUGUCAGGGCCAACUGGGUGACUGCUGGCUGCUCGCCGCCCUGUCCUGUCUCACCAUGCACCCCACCCUCUUUGUGAAGGUGGUGCCCCCCCACCAGAGCCUGUCCAAGCCGUACGCAGGGAUCUUCCAUUUCAGGUUCUGGCAGUAUGGUGAGUGGGUGGAGGUGGUCGUGGAUGACAGGCUGCCGACACGCGAAGGCCGGCUGCUCUUCAGCUACUCUCACACCCGCCACGAGUAUUGGAGCGCCCUGGUGGAGAAAGCCUACGCCAAGUUAGUCGGAUCCUACGGAAGCCUGAAGGGGGGCAACAUUUCCGAGGGGAUGGAGGAUUUCACAGGAGGAAUCGCGUACUCGCUGCAGAUCUCAUCUCGCACCCCUCGAGUCCUCUGGAGGUGUCUGACGGCCGCCCUGUCUCGAGGCAGCCUGCUCAGCUGCUUCAUCCAGGCCAGCAGCUACCGCGAGGUUGGUAAAGUGACGGGAGACGGGCUGGUAAAGGGCCACGCUUACGCCAUCACCGACACCGACAAGGUCACAAAAGCGUCAGAUGAGAUUUUGUUGCUGAAGCUGAGGAACCCCUGGGGUUUUAUUGAAUAUCGCGGACCCUGGAGCGACAAGAGUAAAGAGUGGGGGGGUGUGGCCAAAGAAGAGAAGGCAAGGAUUGAGCUGAAAAAGAUUGAAGAUGGAGAGUUCUGGAUCAGUGCUGAGGACUUCAGCAGCCUGUUUGACGUCGUGGAGCUCUGCAGUGUGAAUCCUGAUACCCUCGUGGAGGAAAACUCACCUGCCUCUCUCUCCUCUACCUGGACCAUCAGUGAACAUGAAGGAUUCUGGGUACCGGGGAGCUCUGCUGGUGGUAGCCGCAAAUACAACCGAUCGUUUUGGAAGAAUCCUCAGUUCCACUUGGUUCUCACAGAGCAGGACCAGUUGGAAGAGGAAGAGGACGAGGAUGAUGAAGAUGAGGAUGAAGAUGACGAGGAUGACGAAGCGAUAACCCCAGAUGACAAGAACAGAGCAGAGAGACAGAAGGAGAAGACCAAACAGUGCACUGUGCUGGUGGAGCUGAUGCAGAAAAACCGCAGGAAGAAGGAUAAAGUCCACUUCCUUCACAUCGCUUUCCACGUCUACAAGGUUCCUCCUGAGCUUCAGGGUCUGUGUCUGAGCCGCAAAUUCUUCAUGACAAAUCGCCCUGUGGGUCGCUCUGGAAAAUAUAGGGCUCAGAGGGGUUCGUGGAGGAAGCUGCAUCUGGACCCGGGUCACUACGUCAUCAUGGCGUCCACCUAUCGACCCAACCAGCGAGCAGACUUCUUUUUCCGCAUUUUCUCCAAGACCGGAAACACCUUGGGGACUCAGGACUUCACCUGCUCCUCUGGCUUCCUCCAGGUUAUGGCUACUCCGGUCUCCCCAGAGGAUCAUGUGAGAGUUCAGAAGACUUUUGAUGAGGAGGCUGGCGGAGAUGACAGACUGAACGCCAAGGAGCUCAUGAAGCUCUUCAACACAGCUCUUGAGAAAGAUUACCAUCUGCCACUGGAGACAUGCAGACAGCUCAUCUUCGGAGAGGAUACGAAGGGACGCUGCAGUCUGAGCCGUGAACAAACAGGAGCCCUGCUGUCCAGCCUGCGCCACCUGCAGUCCAUCUUUAUCCAGUUUGAUGAGGACUCAUCUGGGACCAUGAGCCCCUUUGAGCUUAGUGCAACGCUGCAAGCUGUUGGGCUGCAGUGUGAUACGAAGGUGGUCGAGCUGCUGUCCGAGCGCUUUGCAUCUGGAGAGCUUCACAUGCCCUUCCACGGCUUCGUGUCAUGUGUCACCAGGAUGCACAAGCUUUUUGCUCUGUAUGAAUCAGAGACCAGUCGAGAGGUGAAAGACAGAGGGAUCAACUCUUGGCUGCUUCAGUUCCUGGUGGUGUGAGGAGCGUCUCCACUUCAGCAGCUGAGCCACCGCUCGCUCUUGAUUCUACCGCAACUGGUUUUAUUAUAUUAAUUUUAAAACUGUUCCUUCAUGUGUGGCUUAUUACAAAGCAACGUGGCCUCGUCAUGCUUUGCUACGUCGUUGUUUUAUUCUUGCUUCAUCAUCUUCCUUCUCAUUCUUACAGCCUUCAUACAGCUCAAGGUUUAAGGUUUGGCUUCAUGCUCAAUAUACCAGUGAGAUGCACUUGUAGCCCACAUUACACACGCAAUAAGUACAUUAGAAUAAAACAAUAAAGGAGAACAAAGUACAUACAAGUAGCACUAAAAGAAUAAAGAAAAAGAUAAACUGAAUUAAUAUAGAAAAUAAAUUAUAUUAUAAAAUAAAUUAUAGAAUUUAGAAAUAUAUAUAGUUACAUACACAUACAAACAUAAACAGUUAUUACAGCGUAUGCAGCACCAUCAAUCAUGUAAUACUGUUAUUUUUAUUAUUCCGCAUUGUAAUAAAAGGGAUUUCAUAAGUA